UCUAAAUCUAGAGGAAAAAAGAAGAUGGAAGAGCUAGAGAGAGAGAAGAAAAUGAUUGGUAACCAACAAUGAGUUUUGAUUCUGUAAGUGCACAGAACAUUAAUUACCAGAAAGUCGCAGAGGGUACAGAGAAAAAGAACAUCUUUUUAUACAUCUUUUUAUCUCGUUGGUAAGAAUCAUAGAACGUCACCAAAAGAGAAACUUUCCUUUUUUACUUGAUUCUGAGUGAUGGCUUCUCCAUAAAUUGCAAAGAUUCUUUCCAAUUGAAUCUUACGACUUGAAGGGUUUUAAGGGUCGUUAGAUUUUCUCAUCAGAGUUAAGAGAAACAAAGAUGGAUCAGAAGAAGACAAUCUUGCUUCUCUUCUUCUUCCUCCUCUUGUUGUUAGAGUCAACGUUUGAGCAACAGACAAGUUCUUCUCCGGUUGAGAAAUCGGCGCUUUUGGUACUAAGGUCUUCUCUGGGGCUAAGAGGCAGAGAUUGGCCUGUCAAAGGCGAUCCUUGUCUGAACUGGAACGGCGUCAGAUGUGAUCAGAAUGGUAGUGUAACUCAUAUCAACAUUUCAGGGUUCAGAAGAACAAGGGUUGGCAAUCAAAACCCUCAAUUCUCUGUUGACUCGCUCGUCAGUCUCUCCCGUUUAUCCUCUUUCAACGCCUCGAGGUUCUCUCUUCCAGGUCCAAUCCCUGUUUUAUUAGGAUCGAGCCUGUUGACUUUGCAGGUGUUGGACCUUAGCUCCUGUUCAAUCACAGGAACCAUCCCUGCAAAUUUGAGCGGGCUAUCACGCCUCACGGUUCUUGAUCUUUCCAAUAACUCAAUCCAAGGGAGCAUUCCUCUGUCUCUUACAUCUCUUCUGAACUUAUCAUUUCUUGAUCUUUCCUCAAACUCUGUAGAUGGUUUGAUUCCGGCUAGAAUUGGGGCAGUCUCAAAGCUCCAACGUCUGAAUCUAUCACAUAACGCCUUGUCCUCCUCCAUACCUCCAUCACUUGGAGAUAUUUCUGCUUUAGUUGACCUUGAUCUCAGCUUCAACGACCUGUCUGGUUCGGUUCCAUCAGAACUCAAAGAGCUCACAAACUUGCAGACACUUGUAGUUGCUGGAAACCGCCUUUCAGGAUCCCUACCUCCUGAUCUGUUUAGUUUCCUGAGUAAACUGCAGACCGUUGACUUCAGAGGCUGUGGCUUCACCGGCGUUUUACCUUCUAGCUUAUGGUCGUUACCAGACCUGAAGAUUCUAGAUAUUUCUGGAAAUCAAUUCUCCAACGAGCUGCCUAACAUCACUGUCAGUUUUGGUUCUACUGUUUCAUUGCUAAACAUAUCCGGGAACAUGUUUUACGGCAAUCUAGCACUUAUACUGAGGAGGUUCCGGGUUGCUGAUCUGACAAGAAACUAUUUCCAAGGUAAAGUUCCUGACUUUGUGCCCAUCAAUGCUUCCUUGAGCAACAAUUGUCUUCAGGGACGAAUGAACCAGCGAGGAUUGUCAGACUGCUCUUUGUUUUACUCCGGAAAGGGGUUAAGUUUCGACAAUUUCGGACAGCAACCUGCAGAGGAAAAGAAGCCUAAGUCUCCCUGGCUAAGCCAAAGGACUAUUGUCAUAAUUGCUGCAGUUGGAGGGUCUAUUUUGGUUAUGCUCAUUCUCAUAUUGUUACCGAUAACAGUGAACUUCUGUGUCCGUAGAAGAAACAUAACAUCAACCAGUACACGUCCUAGAGGGAGAAACAACGGCGUAGGCCCAUUGCCUCCUGAUGAAACACUUCCCUCGGAAAGAGGAGGAGUCUCUGUAAACUAUGCGAGCCUUGGAACGUCAUUUACCUAUCAACAGCUGGUCAACGCCACAAAGGAGUUCGGAGACGCGAACCUGAUCAAGAAAGGAAGAUCAGGUGAUCUUUUCAAAGGAGUUCUAGAAAACGGAGUUCAGGUCGUUGUGAAGAGAAUCAACUUGGAGUUGAUGAAGAGCAACGAAGCUUAUCUAACAGAGUUGGAUUUCUUCAGCCGGUUUGCUCAUCCGAGAAUUGUCCCAUUCGUAGGAAAAUGCUUAGAGAGCACAACACACAAGCUGCUGGUGUAUAAGUACAUGAUGAACAGGGAUUUGCCAAGCUCAUUGUUCUACAAAUCAAGUUCCCUUGUUGACGACGGAUUGAAAUCUCUAGACUGGAUCACCAGGUUGAAAAUAGCAUUGGGAGCAGCAGAGGGACUUUCUUACCUGCAUCAUGACUGUUCACCAUCUAUCGUCCACAGAGAUGUACAAGCAAGCAGCAUUCUGCUGGAUGAUAAGUUUGAAGUAAGGCUAGGAAGCUUCAGCAAAGCUUGUCAUCAAGAAAACAAUGGCCGUCCAAAGAAAAUCGCACGCUUGCUCAGCAGAUUAUCCCAGUCUUCUCAAGAAAGUGUUCCUGACUCUCCAGCAACAGCAACAUGUGCAUACGAUGUCUACUGCUUCGGGAAGAUAAUACUAGAGCUAAUCACAGGCAAAAUCGGAAUCAGCGGAUGCGAAGAAGCACAAUUCAAAAGAAUAUUAGCAGAGAUAAUGCCACACAUAUCAUCGCAAGAGAAAGAGCCAGUGACGAACAUCCUAGACCAGUCCCUCCUCGUCGACGAAGACCUCUUGGAAGAAGUCUGGGCGAUGGCGAUCGUCGCCAGAUCCUGCCUCAACCCCAAACCGACGAGACGGCCGCUGAUGAGACACGUGGUGCAGGCGCUGGAGAAUCCGCUGAGAGUGGUGAGGGAAGACAGCAGCGAGUCGGAGAGGUUCCGUACGAUUGGAUCUUCGAGAGGAUCGUCGAGCAGCGGGAGAAUAUUCGGAAGCUGGAGACAGAGCACUUCGGAUCCUGUGACGGCGGGAACGAGUAGCCUUCUGUCUCAGGCGGAGGGUUUAGCGAGAUCUCAAGGAGUGAUUGGAUCGUCUACGCGGGGAAGUAGCCGUGGCGCCUCGAGUCGACGAAGUAUGAAAGAUGUAUAUCUAUAAAAAAAAACGGACUCACACACACACUGUAUUUUUUUCACAUUUUGUUUUUUUUUUCUCUUUGUGGUUAUGAUUUGUUUAUCUUGUUAAUAAAAUUCCCAGAAAUUUAUAAUCAAACCCGACCAGUUUUGAUUUGAUGAUAUCAUGAUACUGGGAG